UAAAUCGGGUUCGCAUUUGUAUAGAUGUGUCGUUUGUGUUUUUGUUGUAGGUUUCUUUUUUCUUGUCCACAAAUUUUUGUUUUUAGCGUCCCUUUUUCCUUUUGACAUUUUUAAGCCACAUGGAGUCUUUUCCCUUCAACCCCCUUUGGCAAAAUGAAGGACAGAAAAUUGUAGCUUUUUGUCAUUUCUCAGAGUUACAGUUAGCUUCUCACUCCCAACUUCCCAAAAACCUUUGGAACUAUUGGACUGGAAUGAGUCAAUACCAUGAGAGGCAACCAAUUUUUCUGUAUUUUUUAUUUUUUUAAAAUCAUAAUACACACACUUUCUGUCGAUUACUUUUUAGACAGACUCAUCGUAUUUUGUUUUUUCAGUAUAGUAUACGCAUUACAUUUGUUCUCACUUUGUAUCACUUUUAGUCCCAAUGUCCUUUGCUUUACCCCGACCUUUUUACCAGAGGUCAGCCCCUCCCCUUUCAGGAAGAAAGGCUGGAGUUUUUAAAUUGAUAGUUAAUCUAUAUUGUAAUUUUUAAACCUUGGCCCAUGCAUUUUCAUGUACUUGACUUUGGAGGGAAAAUGCUGGCUCGGUCUUUGAGGAAUACAUGAACUGAUGAGAAGCUAGUUUAACUUUGCAGUGCAAAAGAUAAGAUGGUUUCUAACCUAACCACUAUACUCCAAUAUUGUUAAUCAAGUGCCCAAUGACAAGCGUUUGGUCUCAGUUUGCUGUCAGUACAGUUGCUGCCAGUGUGGGUUUUUGUUUUUUGUUUUUUCCAAAUGUCACACUUCUAUUUGUCACUUGUGAAACUUGUGUCUGUAUUACAGGGGGCUCCCUGGGUUGGGUCAAAUCUGGAGAUGUGGAGUUGUCCCACUGGUUACAGGCCAUCUUAUUUUGUGCUAGAGGGGGGUAAAGGAGUGGGGAGGAGCAUCAGGGAGUCACAAGCUCCCCCGCUCUGUCGCUCCACCCCCCGCGCGCUCGCUGAGGAUUGGUGGAGUGCGCGCCAAGAGCUGUCUUCCUGACCUUUUGGAUACACCCAAUCAGUGCCCAUGCAGACAUGCAUUAGUUUUUUUAUUAUUUUAACUAUGGUUGAUAAAAAAAAAUGUGACCCAGCUGGUUAUCUAUUCUGAUAUCCACUGCUAUUGAAUAACACGUUAAACUGUGGGUUUAAGAGAGCUCAUUUUCAAGUGCCUUAAAAUGGUCCAAGCAGCGUCAGGCAGACAGCUCACAAUCUGUACUCCACCGCCCGCGUCAGAUGCUGGGUUAGAAAGACAGAAGCACGCGCAGCAACAGCGAUGACUUCUUUAUUUCAGAGCUGUGGAGGCUUCUAGAUACAAAUAAUUAAACCACAGACUUUUCUCCCUACCCCAUUGGCCAGGAUUCAAGAAUGCAGGCAAGGAUAAAGAAAUCAAAGUUUUAAAAAUAUUUCAUGAAAAUGAAUAUGAAGAAUAAACGAAAAGCAAUGAUUAAUACUUUUUCCCUUUUCCUUCAAAUAUGUAAUAUUAUUCCCAGAGAAAUGGGAUCAGUUCAUUGGGGCAAGAUCAAGCCAGUAACUGCCCUCCUGUAGUUUCACAUGCAAACUGAAUUCAUGGACAGCUGGAAGCCUUACUAUCUCAUUGAUAAACUGAACACAUCAAAGCCUUUCUUCCCUCCCUGUUACCCUCACAGCAUUCCUUUUGUUUUCUUUGAAAUGAAACAUUCAUUGCAUGAAUGAAAAUUAAGAAUAGUCUGUUAUUGUUUGUUUGUUGUGAUUUGGAAGAACCUGUUUUAUUUCCAUAUUUUAAAAAAAAGAAAAAAAAAAAAGAAUGUAUUGUUUGAAAACUUUUACUAAUGGUCUUGUUUUCUGAUUUUGUCUCUUUUGGUUUUUCCACAACUGAUAUUGUUAUUUAGAAGGUUUCAGGUGGGUGACACUAUUCCUGCGUAGGUGCCUGGCGGAAAGGAACACUAGGGCAGCCUCAGUCCUCUCCUCUUCUUCCAGCCAGCUGCGGCCACCACUCUGACAAAGUCCAAAAAUAUGGCUUGUUACCUGAAAGCCAUUGAGACUCAGCCCAACUUUGCAGUGGCUUGGAGCAACCUGGGCUGUGUGUUCAACGCCCAGGGAGAGAUAUGGCUGGCUAUACACCAUUUUGAAAAGGCUGUGACUCUGGACCCAAAUUUCCUUGAUGCUUACAUCAAUUUAGGAAAUGUUUUGAAGGAAGCCAGAAUCUUUGACAGAGCUGUGGCUGGAUACCUGAGAGCCUUGAGUCUCAGCCCUAACCAUGCGGUUGUCCAUGGAAACCUGGCCUGUGUCUACUAUGAGCAAGGUCUCAUUGACCUGGCUAUUGACACCUACCGCCGUGCAAUUGAAUUGCAGCCCCACUUUCCAGACGCCUACUGCAAUUUGGCAAAUGCUCUGAAGGAGAAAGGCAAUGUGUCUGAAGCAGAGGAAUGCUAUAACACGGCCUUGCGUUUGUGUCCAACCCAUGCUGACUCCCUUAACAACUUGGCCAAUAUCAAGCGUGAGCAGGGCAACAUUGAGGAAGCAGUUCAGCUCUACAGGAAAGCCCUAGAGGUGUUCCCAGAGUUUGCAGCAGCUCACUCUAACCUUGCCAGUGUCCUGCAGCAGCAGGGAAAACUCCAGGAGGCCCUCAUGCACUACAAGGAGGCCAUCAGAAUCAGCCCCACGUUUGCUGAUGCCUACUCAAACAUGGGUAAUACACUGAAGGAAAUGCAAGAUGUGCAAGGAGCACUUCAGUGCUACACCCGUGCCAUUCAGAUUAACCCUGCCUUUGCUGAUGCUCACAGCAAUUUGGCCUCGAUCCACAAGGAUUCUGGAAACAUCCCAGAGGCCAUUGCAUCUUACCGCACAGCUUUGAAACUCAAGCCAGACUUCCCCGAUGCUUACUGCAACUUGGCUCACUGCCUGCAGAUUGUGUGCGACUGGACAGAUUAUGACGAGCGGAUGAAGAAGCUUGUGAGCAUUGUGGCGGACCAGCUGGACAAGAACCGCUUGCCUUCAGUGCACCCACACCACAGCAUGCUGUACCCACUCUCUCACAGCUUCCGCAAGGCCAUAGCUGAGCGCCACGGAAACCUUUGCCUGGACAAGGUACACGCACUGAUCAAAAUCAAUGCACUGCACAAACCUGCUUAUGAGCAUCCGAAGGAUCUGAAGGCCAGCGGCGGACGCCUGCGUAUUGGCUAUGUCAGCUCUGACUUUGGAAACCACCCGACUUCCCACCUGAUGCAGUCCAUUCCUGGAAUGCACAGACCUGAGAAAUUUGAGGUGUUCUGCUACGCGCUCAGCCCUGAUGAUAGUACCAACUUCCGUGUGAAAGUGGUAGCAGAGGCUCAUCAUUUCACAGACCUCUCACAGAUCCCUUGCAAUGGCAAAGCAGCUGAUCGUAUUCACCAGGAUGGAGUCCACAUUCUGGUCAACAUGAACGGAUACACCAAAGGAGCCCGAAAUGAGCUGUUCGCCCUCCGCCCUGCUCCCAUUCAGGCUAUGUGGCUGGGUUACCCAGGAACCAGUGGGGCCCCCUUCAUGGACUACAUCAUCUCUGACAAGGAGACUUCACCCCUGGAGGUAGCUGAGCAGUACUCUGAGAAACUCGCCUACAUGCCCCACACUUUCUUCAUUGGAGACCACGCCAACAUGUUCCCUCACCUCAAGAAAAAGGCAGUUAUUGAUUUCAAGUCUAAUGGACACAUCUUCGACAACCGCAUUGUUCUUAAUGGUAUUGAUCUGAAGGCCUUCUUGGACAGUCUGCCGGAUGUCAAAGUGAUAAAGAUGAAGUGUGACAACAACCAGGAAGCUGCCGGGGACACAAAUGGAGCUCUGUCCAUGCCCGUAAUUCCCAUGAACACGGCAGCUGAAGCAAUCAUCAACAUGAUCAAUCAAGGCCAGAUUCAGGUCACAAUCAAUGGCUUCACUGUCAGCAAUGGCCUGGCCACCACACAGAUCAAUAACAAAGCUGCCACUGGAGAGGAGGUGCCACGCACGAUCGUUGUGACAACCCGCUCUCAGUAUGGUCUUCCAGAGGACUCCAUCGUCUACUGCAACUUCAACCAGCUCUACAAGAUUGAUCCCCCUACUCUUCAGAUGUGGGCAAAUAUCCUGAAGCGUGUGCCUAACAGUGUGCUGUGGCUUCUUCGCUUCCCUGCUGUGGGCGAGCCCAACAUCCAGCAGUACGCUCAGAACAUGGGUCUGCCGGCCUCUCGCAUCAUCUUUUCUCCUGUGGCCCCCAAGGAGGAGCAUGUGAGAAGGGGACAGCUGGCUGAUGUGUGCUUAGACACUCCUCUGUGCAAUGGUCACACCACAGGCAUGGAUGUUCUCUGGGCUGGAACACCCAUGGUUACCAUGCCAGGUGAGACACUUGCCUCCCGUGUGGCUGCCUCACAACUCAGCUGCCUGGGCUGCCCUGAGCUAAUAGCCCAAAGUCGCCAGGACUACGAGGACAUAGCAGUCAAACUGGGCUCUGACAUGGAGUACCUGAAGACGGUCAGAGCACGUGUUUGGAAGCAGCGAAUCUGCAGCCCCCUUUUCAACACCAAGCAGUACACAUACGACCUGGAGAACCUCUACCUGCAGAUGUGGGAGCACCAUAGCAAAGGCAACAAGCCAGAACACCUGUUCAAACUCCAGACAGUAGAGACCAGUGAGAACGCCUGAAGUGGAAGCACGCUGCUUUCUCUUCCCUUAUACUCCAGCCAUGUCCAGCCCUCCCCACCAUCUUUUUUUCCAGCACCCCAGCUUGAAUGGUCACUGUCCUCUUCAGCCCCUAUCCCUGAAUGACUGUUUCCAUCUUAUCUCACUCAUUUAAUAUUAAUGGGACUCGUAAAGGAGCCUACAGAUGUACACAUUUGUCCCCCAUCACACAUCUGCAUUUCCUGAGCCAGAUAGAGCCUGAGACUUUCGGGCACCUUAUCUGAGACUCUUGUCCUGAAACACAGUAUAUUUGGUGAGCAUGAGAGGAUUGUGAAUGCCCUGCUACCCCUUCAGUACUUGGAUCAGUGGAUUUUGUUUCUCCUGUCCGUGUGCAUACAGGAUUGAUUGCAGCUUCUGGAGAGAAUGCCCAGCCGCCAUUACAUGUUGAUCUAUUUAUAAAUGGAUAAAGAGUGUUGUGUGUUUUAAAAGGACAAUGUUGCACCAUGAAAAUUGUAACUCUGACUUAAGUUUCAUCAGCUUUAACAUGCAAUUGUGGACAUAGAUUGCAACUGCUCUUUAGUUUGUCUUAAGCCGUUAUUAAAUGACUAAAAUAAGUAGAUGUGCAAGUUUUGAAGAAUAUGGACUUCUUCCCCUCACCUAAUGCCAACUUUUAUUAAUUUUGUUAAUCAAGGAGUAUGUUCAGUAGCUGUUGUCCUGUUUGAUGUCACACUUUGCUUGUAAAAAAAAUAAUAUUAAUAAUUGGACAAAGCUGGACAGAGGAAUUUCAGGUCAUUGGAAAGGGCCUAAAUUUCAGUUUAGAUGUCAGAGCUGUUCACAAAUUCAUCUUGUUUUUUAAUCACACAAGGAACGGCCUAGGUAAGUAUUUUCUAAGCAGUUUUUGUUUUUGUAUUGUCCGUUAACUGUAUGCUGUCAAUGAUGCCACAGGGCUAUAAAUAUAAUUAAAAAAAGAAAAUAAAGAGAUGGCAAACCUG